AAGAGUUUUUCACAAAGAGGUCUGCUGACUAGACACAAUCGUGUUCACACUGGUGAGAAACCUUUUUUCUGUAGUAUGUGUAAUAUGAGUUAUUCAGACAGAAGUGAACUGACUAGACACAGUCAUGUUCAUACUGGUGUGAAGCCUCAUUCUUGUAGCAUAUGCAAUAAGAGUUUUUCCUACAGAAGUGACUUGACUAGACACAAUCGUGUUCACACUGGUGAGAAGCCUUAUUCUUGUAGCAUAUGUAACAAGAGUUUUUCUCAAAGAGGUCUGCUGACUAGACACAAUCGUGUUCACACUGGUGAGAAACCUUUUUUCUGUAGUAUGUGUAAUAUGAGUUUUUCAGACAGAAGUGAACUGACUAGACACAGUCAUGUUCAUACUGGUGUGAAGCCUCAUUCUUGUAGCAUAUGCAAUAAGAGUUUUUCCUACAGAAGUGACUUGACUAGACACAAUCGUGUUCACACUGGUGAGAAGCCUUAUUCUUGUAGCAUAUGUAACAAGAGUUUUUCUCAAAGAGGUCAGCUGACUAGACACAAUCGUGUUCACACUGGAAAAUGUUAUUGCGAUCAGCUUUUAAGAAUGCUAUCAGAUAAUGGUACUUUAAAGAGUGAACAUUUGCAGUUUGUUAUUAAUAAGUAUACUCGGGAAAUAGAUAUGCAAUAUCUUAAAAAUUGCAAUUUUUGUGCCAUUGAAGAAAGACUAGAAGCUGUUGGCAGUGUCAUAACAAAGUUUUCUAUGGCUGGGAUAAAGAAAUUCUAUAACAGUGACAGUUUCCUUAGACACCUCCAAAACAUACAAGUUUUGCAACUCUCAGAAACAAAUUGUACCAACAGAUCAGUUGAGAUAAUAGCUGACAAUUGUUCCCAGUUGAAGAGCUUAGAUCUUUCAGGCUGCGUAAAAGUCACCGAUGCAGGACUCAUUCUUCUGUGUGGGAAAAGUCCUCCCCUGGAAUGCUUAAAUGUUGAAUACACAUCUGUUACCUACAAGAGUGUGGCUUUAGUUCUGAAAAAUAUUCCAACCUUAACAAAGUUAUCGUUUGACAAUGUUCCCAGAGCCAUAUUCGAAGCUAUCGGGUGGCACGAUUUUUCUGAAGUGAAUGAUAAUCAAAUAUUUAAUUUAAACAAUAUAGUUAUUUUAAACAAUCCAAUGAGACCCGAAAACCACCUGACUGCCAUAUUGAAAGGAUGUAUAAAGGUGUGUCCAUUUAUCAAAGACUUGAUAGUUAGUGAGCUUAUAAACGAAGAACAGUUGGAUCUAUGUUCUCAGUUUGAAAAUGUAGUUGCUGUUCAUUUACAAUGUAGUACUAUUGUAAAUCCAAAACUGUGCAUCAAUAAUUUCCUCCAGUUGCGAGGAGAUAAAUUAACUAGCUUGCUGCUCACUUCCUUCUCCGUGUCUAUUGAGAUGCUCGCCAAUUAUUGUCCCAACUUGGAAGAGUUAACAUUACAGUAUCCUGCUUUCCAACAAACGACGCAUAGAAACAUAAUUUUUCCUCAUUUAAAAACGUUCUGUUUGCAACAUGUAGUAUUAGAAUUAGAAGAAAACCAACUCCCUUCUUCUUGCAUUAUAUCCUCGAGUCCUAACUUAAGGGAACUGCAUAUUUCGUUCUGUGUUUUCUCAGAUGAAAUGCAGGACGUCGUGCUCCAUUGUCCUAAGCAGUUAAAAAUUUUAAAUUUUAGCAACACUGUUGUGAGUCCCCAGUUUAUACAAGACAUUUUAGAGGAGCACACUGAUUUGUCAGCUCUAGUCAUCGGUAAUUCGGGUAUCUCUAUGGCAGAUUAUGAUGACAUCAUGGACCUUGUUGAUGAAAGAGAAAGUAAAGUGCAAGUGGUUUGGGCAGAUUAUUCAGAAGCAAUCAGGGAAUUAUUCUAUGAUGUUACUCAUAAUGUACAUAAGAGAUGUAUUUUGAAACUGUAAAUCAAAGAUAUAAUGUAAAAAAUAAAGUUAUAUAUUUUUUGAUGUUUAAUAAAGAGUUUAAAAAAAAAAAUUGGUUUUUUU